AUGAAGCUCGACUUCAUCACGCCCGCCUGGGCUCUCUCCUUGAUGUUUGCCAUCACCAAUGCCAGCAUCGUCUCUCAGCCCGUCCGCCGCGCAGAGGACAGAAAGACAGAUUACAGCUGGUACUGGACCGGCCUCUCUAUCAACACCACCACCGACAGCCCCAUCUCUGCCAUCCAGAGCGUUGUCGUAGUCCCCAAGUUCUUCCCCCCGGCCACCAGUGAAAAGGCCAACAUCAGCUUCGUCCUCCACCUCGGCACGGGCGCCAACUGUGGCUCCUCCGCUGCCGUUGGCAUCGACAUGAGGGUCAAGACUGAUGGCACCGCCGACAUAGCCGCCUGGUCUCAUUCGUCAUACGCCAGCGGCGUCGAGGUGGCAACGGUGCACUGGCUCGACGAGCAGCGCGGCAAGCGGUUCGACAUUCAGCCCGGCGAUGAAGUCACCCUCAAGAUCAAGACGCUCGACAGCAGGAACUUGUGGGUCUAUUGGAAAAAUGCCCGGACGGGCGAGCACGAGACGGUCAUGAUCGGGAACUAUCACAACGACGUCUGUCGUUCGUUCGCCGCGUGGGUGACGGAGCGUCGCCCAGGGGAGAUCAUAGUGGAUGACAAGAAGGGCGAUUUCAACCACAUCGGGGAAUUUGGAACCGUGAUCUUCAAGGAUAUGCAGUGGGGAACCGAGGAUGCGCAGGUGUGGAAUACUGGUGAGAGGAAGGGCCCUGCCACGGAGAAGUGGUAUCUACUGGGGAGCAACGAUGGGUGGGGGGAGGUUGUCAUGCUCCGUUGUGAGUUCUUCCAGAACAAGCCGGAUAUCACCCCUGACGGCAUGAUGUGUACACAGGGAAAACUAGGCGAUUCUUGA